AUGUAUUUAAAUAACUCAAGUCCAGUGAAGAUCACAAUAUUUCUCAAUGGCAACCUGAAAAAGAAAUGCCAGCUCACAAUACAGAAAAGUUCAACGAUGUCAGAAAUCCUUUCGGAUUGUAAAGAUAAGCUUAGCAUUGACAAGCACACAAAAUGCAGGCUUUAUGACUCCAAUGGAGGACAGCUUUCCGACGACGACCUUGAAUAUAUCAACCCUGAUGAGCCACUUUUCCUUUCCAAAGGUGAAAAAUUCUCAAAAAGUUCUUCACUGGCAAUUUAUGAAGAAAUCAAACAGCUUGGGAAGGGUGGCUUUGGGUCAGUUUUUCUUUAUAGAAAUAGAAUAACCAAGCAAGAAGUCGCCUUAAAGUUCGUCGAACUGAAAACGAUUCUGUCUCCAGAAGACGUAAAUAGAGUGUUCACUGAAAUUGGGGUUUUAAGGAAUCUAAAACACCCGAACAUUGUGAAGCUUAUUGACGCCUUCGAUCUGCAUGAUAAAGUUUGCUUUGUGAUGGAGUACUGCAGGGGUGGAGAGCUCAAGCAAUAUCUUGAAGAAAAAGGUCCGCUUUCGGAGAGGGAAGCUUUUUUAAUUGCUUGUCAAAUUUCUGACGCAAUAAGAUAUUGCCACAAUUCAAGAGUUGUCCAUAGAGACCUAAAACUAGAGAAUAUUUUAUUUGCAACAGAAGAGAAAGAACAGAUAAAGAUCGUAGAUUUUGGGAUAUCAGGGAUGUUUGCCCUUGGAGGAGAAGGGGAUGCUAGUGAUGCAGGAUCACUGCUAUAUAUAGCUCCUGAAGUGCUAUCUGGUAAAGACAAUCGGACAAAUCCAGCUUUAGAUAUCUGGAGUCUGGGCUGCAUUUUCUACUCACUGCUCACCAAAAAUCUGCCAUUUUCAGGGGAGACCCAAAGAGAAGUAAUCAAUCGGAUACUUACUUGCCAAUAUCCGCCAUUGCCACAAACCAUAUCAAAAAGCUGGCAUAAGCUAAUUAAAGGAAUGAUAAGGGUGAAGCCAAGUAAAAGAUGGGGAAUGCUGAGGAUAAGUGAGCAUUUAUAUAAAUACAGGAACAAUCCUGAUGCUGAGGUAAGUUCUGAUUCUGAAGAAGAAACUUUUGAAGAGAAAAAAAUUGUGCUGAAGAAGAAGCCGCCAAGCAGAAGUUACCCAAAAUUGGUGUUCGCAGAUAAGCAGAAAAGGUAUAAAACGCCAAUCCUUCGUCCAGUUGAGUAAGAGAUAUGUAGAAUUCCUAGAGGAAAAAAAUCCAAUUCAAUAACACCUGGGCCCAGAAGGCAAAGCCCUGCACCUCAAAAUAAGGUUGCAAACCAAGCUCCAGUGCUGAUUCAAAGAAAAUCUAUAUUAAGAAAGCCAGCAUAA